UCCCGCGUAAAUAAUGUUUUUAUUAAGAUUAUAUAAUAGAUUCAAAUAAUCCUUUAUUUUUUUAAUUUAGGUAAAAACAAAGAGAUUUCUUCUAUUACUAAACAUGCCAGAGAUCCAAAUCAAGCAUGUGGUUUCUUUCAGCAGCGAGGAUAAGAUCCACAAAGCUGAGAACAUGAUUAAACCGGAGACGUACAGAAAGUGGAAGUGUGCCACUCCCGGCGAAAAAAACGCUACCAUUGUUCUGCAGUUUGAAAAAGCUUCACAAAUACAUUCUAUUGACAUAGGAAAUGAAUCUUCAGCUUUUAUUGAAGUUUUAGUGGGAAGAUCUUCAGACUCUCUAAAUAAUUUUCAAGUCUUUCUAGUUGCCUCUUCUUUUAUGAGUCCAAUAGAAAGUCGUAAUGAAUCCCACAAUAAUAGAGUACGCAUGUUUGGGGUUGAUAAAUUUUCUCAACAGUUAGUGAAUGAAAAAUGGGAUUGUGUGCAAAUUGUGUGCACUCAACCUUUUAAUAAAAAUAUUUCGUAUGGAUUGUCAUUCAUUAAAUUUCAUUCUCCUCCAGAAAAAGACCAAUCUGCAGAACCUAAAGCAAGUGAUAAUACAGAAAAAUUGGGUGCCUUCAAAUUAAAGAAUUCGACAGACGAUACAGCACUACCUGUUGGAACAUGGUUCGGGAAAAAGAAGGAAUCUGAAAGCACACAAAGUCCCAGUGCAAAAGUAACUCUACCUGCUAUAAGAACUGCUCCUGAUCCUGCUAAAUCACCAAUAGUAACUUCUCAGGCAAAGGAUUUGAAACGGAAGCUUGAAACUAGAGAGAAGUCUAUGGAGCCUCCCUCAAAAAAAGAAUCACAGAAUGUUUCUACAUCUGCUCAAAACCAGAGAAAUUCCUUGCCAGAUAUUUCUAUUCCAAAUCCAAAAAAUUCAUUACCAGAUCUUUCUACUCCAAAUCCAAGAAAUUCAUCAUCAGAUAUUUCUAUUCCAAACCCAAGAAAUUCACUGCCAAAUACUUCUAACAAGAAUAUAGUACAGAAUCAGAAACAAAAUGCUAAAGUAUUGCCUAAACCAAAUGAUAAAGCUAAAAAGCCAACACCUUUCCACAAGAUUUUGGAUAAGGUAGUUUUUACUCUCAGCGGGUUUGUAAAUCCACUUAGAAGUGAAAUAAGAGACAAAGCACUGGAAAUGGGAGCAAGAUAUAAAGCUGACUGGGACAAAACCUGCACUCACCUCAUUUGUGCUUUUAUAAAUACUCCAAAAUAUAUCCAAGUAAAUAAAGAAAGUGGUCGGAUUGUUUCACAAGACUGGAUCCACGAUAGCUAUAAGAAUAAAACUCGUAUGCCAUGGAUGAGAUACAUGCUGGGUAAAUCCAAUGAUAGCAGUGAUGAAUCUGAUGAUUACAAACCUGAUGACUCUGAAAGUGAAAGCGAAGUGUCUGAAGAUGAACCUGAACCACCUAAAAAGGAAGCUGUCAAAAAAGUCGUGAACUCAAAAAAUGGUAAACCCCCAAGAAAUGAAAAUGAAGCAAGCACUUCACAAAAAGUACAAAAGUCACCCAAGAAAGCUAAUAAAACUCAAACUAGCCCCAAGAAAGCUGAUGUUACAAAUGAUUCUGAUAUAAGUGCGACAGAUGAUGAAAGUGCUGUGGAAGAUUAUAUGGCUAAAACUGAUGCUGAAUCUGAUUCUGGUGGUAAUACAGAGGAUGAACUUAGAAAGGCAGAAGGAAAAAAUAAAACCAAAGAAUUAACUGAAAAUGAUGUUAAAUCCAAAAAGGAUGAGUAUCCAACAAAAGCAGAUCUUGCUGAUUUGCCACUACCUAAUUUGCCAAGUUUCUUCAAAAACAGGCAUUUUUUCCUUUAUGGGAAAUUCACAGACGAAAAAGAACAUGACUUGCAGAGAUACAUAACAUCGUAUAGUGGCAUUAUUGAAGAUUAUAUGGAUGAAAGUGUAAAAUAUGUGAUUACAGAUUCAAGAUGGGACAAAAAUUUUGAUGAAGCUCUCGCAGAAAAUGAAGAUUUGGUUUUUGUUAGAUCUCAGUGGAUUUUCAAGUGUCAUGAGUUAAAGAAGCUUGUUCCUUAUCAACCAUUUAUUGUCAUCCCAAGCUCCUGAUGAAUUUGUUUUAAGAACAUUGUAUUAAUUUACUACCAAAUGUACAUACACAUUUUUGUGAACUUGUAAAAUUAUUAGCUUUGUACAUAUUUGCAUUUUAAAGUCACAAACUACAGAUUUUUUACAAAAUUAAAAAAAAAAAAGAG